UAAUAACAUUAUAAUAUAACCACUGAGAUAUCUUCAAUCAGACUUUUACAUAAAGGAAUUUAGUUUAGCUACAAUUGUCAGCAAGAAACGUCUCAUUUAUAAAAAUGAAAUUAUAUUCUAAAAGAUAUAACACGAUAAAGGUGUGUGUUGCAAUGGCGUGAAAACCAUUUAGAUAUGAAUAUAUUUCCAUAAACGGCUUAGUUUUGUAUUUAAAAGAAGUUAUAAGUUUAAUGGGCGUCAUCCUUUGAGUCUGUUUGCUUUGACUGACAAAGAAAAGCCCAAGUUCAACGAUAAAGGAAUUCAGCCCACGGUAGUCAGUUUUACUGCAAAACACGUGACAACUUGUUUCAGGCUUUGUCUCUGCUAACAGGUUUCACUGCUUUUUAGUUUCGUUCUUAGCAGCAAUCAUGGCAGCAAGGGCUGAUGAUCAAAAGAGAAAAGAAGAAUUUCUGAAAUCUCAAGCGCCUUUCACAACAAACGCGCUAAAGAUCAUUAUCCAGAUGGUUGAUUGGUGUAAUAAAACUCCUGGAAGUAAAGACCUGGUGGAUGAGAUGCUUCACAGCAUUUUAUUUCUAGGAAAAAUCAACCCAGUCUCGUUUUCUCCUAAAGACAUUAUCCCUGAUCCAGAUAUGUUAAACGCCUUAAAGGAGAAAUACAGCCGAGCUUUUGACUGCUAUCUGACUCACCUUCCAAGACGAAGCCCAUUCUCUUUUGUUCUGGAUAUGAUCGUCCUGCAGAAGAAACCAGAGAAUGAAAACCAGAUUAAGACCAGUUUACAAUCUCUUGUUCAAACUCUGGAUCCACAGUUUCUGGUCUCCACCACCCUCUGCGUUUCAAAAUCCAACAGAUCAGUCAGCCGCUAUGGAGUCUCCAUGUCCACCACUGGUCCUAAUGCUGGGCAAGUUGUGAUUGCUGCCUCCUGCUUGAGCUUCUGGGAUGAUUACGUAGCUGGUGCAGUGAUGACCUACUAUCCUGAGCGGGGCCAUGAGAAAGAUAAAGGAAAGAAGGAAUACUUUGAUGGAACCUUCCAACUACCCAAAGAUGUGGCAUGCCAGGCCUAUAACAUCCAGAGUGAACAACCAAUUGAUCCUUGUAAAUCAUGUGGGAAUAUGUUUGGUUUGAGCACAGAUGUCAAAAAGGAGUGGCCCUAUGGUAACUGUGCUGAGGUUGAGAGUCUGAGCAACAUGUUUACAAAUGAGGAAGAAGUUAAAAAUCGAUCUAAACCAACAUCAGAGAAGUGGACACCUGAGAACAGGCAGAAAGCUAGUGAAAGUGUUCUUGAUAAGCUGAAUCAUGUGCUAAAAAUGGUUAACUUUCGAACUUGGAAAGGUGGAUUCUACACAGCACAGUGAUAGUCUUCCAAAAAGAGAUUAUGCUUUAACACAAGCUGGUAUUAUGUCUGUUUAAAUCUGAUUCAUUAUCAGUGAGGAUUUCACUGUUAGAAUAAAAUUCAACUUAACAUGUUUCAUCAUCUUAGUCUGUUCAUGCUACAGAUUAAUCUUUAAAAUGUAAUUUUGGAUUUUAAUAUGAUUUUAUUCUGAUUUUAUUGUGAAUUUUACUUUUUAUUGCUGCCAUUUACUAAUUUUUAAUGCUUUAUUUGCACCAUCUGUAAAGCUUUUAUUGUUUUAUGUAAAGCACUUUGGAUUGGCUUUUACAUGAAAUGUGAAACACAAAUAAACGUGCUUCAACUUGCCUCACA